GGAGCAGACAUUAUAAAACACUCCCUCGCGUACAGUUGUUGUUUGAGUUCUUUCCGAGCUUUGGGAAGUGUAGGCGAACCAUGGACGAAAGAUUAGAUCCGAAUGAAGAUAACAGAUACAGGACAGGUACACCAGUCCAGCCCCAUGGAGGCCUUUUGUCAGCCGGAUCAUCAGGAUUACAGACAACCACUUCUCUCCCAGGAGGUCUGAGCCCUUAUCCUCCCACACCGAGUCCAAUGCCACCACUAACACCAAUGACACCGAUGACAGCUGAACAGGCUGGAAUUGUGCCUCAGCUUCAAAAUAUUGUGUCAACUGUAAACCUUGGUUGUAAGCUGGACUUGAAAAAGAUUGCUCUUCAUGCCAGGAAUGCAGAAUACAAUCCUAAGCGUUUUGCAGCAGUUAUUAUGAGGAUACGAGAGCCAAGGACUACUGCAUUGAUAUUUAGUUCUGGAAAGAUGGUUUGCACUGGAGCCAAGAGUGAAGAUCAGUCAAGACUAGCAGCAAGAAAGUAUGCCAGAGUAGUACAGAAACUUGGUUUUCCAGCGAAGUUUACAGAAUUCAAAAUUCAAAACAUGGUUGGUAGCUGUGAUGUGAGAUUUCCAAUUCGACUUGAAGGCUUGGUGUUAGCGCAUGGACAGUUUUCAAGUUAUGAACCAGAACUUUUUCCUGGUCUGAUUUACAGAAUGGUCAAGCCAAGAAUUGUCCUACUAAUUUUCGUUUCAGGAAAGGUGGUUUUAACAGGUGCUAAAGUCCGUUCAGAAAUCUAUGAAGCCUUUGAAAACAUCUACCCUAUCUUGAAGUCAUUCAGAAAGACUUAACAAGAGCAUUUAUUAUUGUGCUGUCAAAGAAUUAAUUAAACAAACAAUAAUUCUGGCUGCUGGAGCAUUCCACGCCCUGAGUUAUGGAGCUAGCCAAACUAAAGGAAGUUGUAAACAGGCUGGAAGAACCCAAGUGUGUUGGCUAAUGGCUGGUCAGAAUCCCAUUAUGAAUGGUAAUGCAGAGAUUGAGGAUCAUUUGAACUGUGGUGAAUAUGCAGAUGCAAGCACAGACUCUGGCCUCGUUGCUGAUUGCAAUCAUUACAAAAAUAUCUUUAGGAGGGCUCAGAGCCAUUUAUAUUAUUAUUUUUCAACAAUUGAGACACUACUGAAUUAUUAGCAAGCUUGUUGAGUUUUCGUUUUUGAGAGAAUAUCAUCUCUAGGUAACUUUCAGCCAGUUCUCCACUGUGAGCAGGCACCUCAAAUUUUACACAUUUCAUGACCAAACAGCUGAUAUCGGUCUAUGCCCUUGCAAACACCAGGGAAAUUGAGAAGGUACAACCUUUUUUGUGCAAGAAGGGUAGACAUAUAUUUUUCUUUGUAAAACAAACCUAAAACUUGAUGCUGAUUACGAUGGUAAUCACUUUUGACACAAGAAGUGGUACUAAAAAUUAAAAAUUAAUAUUAAAUUUUUACCAGUCAUAACCUCAGACAAUGUCAAAUGGUGAAAAUUGUUUAAAAUAUUUGUAUUGCAUGAGCUGUGUAGGCUUCAAAAGCUGUUUGUCACCUAUGAAGCACUUAAGAACAAAUGUACACAAAGACUUACAAUAACACUGUGUCAUCUUUUUCAAUUGGGAGACCAAGAAGACUCUAAAGGCCCAUUGUGUAAGCAAUGACCAAGUACUUGUAUUUGUAGUAUCAAAUAAGCUAGUCCUUUGUUAGCUUUCAGUAGCUUCAUGCCUGGUCAUUGUUGGAGUGACCAAAAGCAUAAUCCCCCUCACAAAAUCGACUUGAAAAUGCAAUCAUCAGAUAUUCUGAAAAAGAUUUGUUUCACAUCAUAACGGCAAAAUAUUGUUCCUGAGUCACCUACAUGUUUUCUUUCUUUUUCUUAAGUUGCCAUUUGGCAAGUGUCAGCUUGAUAGGUGGGGAUACUUGUGUAAUCUUAACAGGUACAAACUUAGGAUCGCUACUUUCUAAUUUAACUACAGCAAUUGAAUUCUCAGUUGUCAAAUAUUAAUUUUUUGAAUAAUUUGCAUCACAGUUGCAGAACUAAAUUAUUAUUUUUGUACAGAUAAUGUAAACUCUGAAAUGCACACACAUGGCAUGACUGCUUUUUACCAAGUGAAGGUAAGGAAUAGAAUAGAAAUUUGGAGGAAGGAUCAAGCUAGUAAUCUUGUUUCAUUUUGCAAAAGACUGGUUUUCCUUGCUGUGGAUUAAUUUCUGCAAUUUCCAGGGAUAAUAGCUGAUAGAUUUCUACAAUUUUAAGGUACAUAUACAACAUGACACUCCAUGGGUAAUCAUAAACCAUCUUCAGUAGUUAUACGUAGAAUUAUUUAUGUAUAUAUAUGCACUAGAGGUUUAAGCUCCUUAGCUGACAAUUGUCAUGUUUGGAAACUUUACGCAAUUGCUUUUUGCCUUCAUCUGUUACACUGUAUAUUAUUGUCUGCAAGGUUAAAGCUGCGUAGCUGACAAUUGCCAUUUUCGAUAGCUUUACUCCACUGCUUUAUACCUUUAUCUGUUGUUGUUGCACCUGGGGUUUUUAAACAUGGCGAUUGACAAUAGGCCAUAUUCAUAUUCUCGCUAUUGAACUGGAACUAGCUUGCAACUGAGGUUAAUGCGGGGAGUCUUUUCAAAUGUAAAUGACUCUAAUUGCUUUUUAGUGAUAUUCCCCCCGCACAAGCCUCCAUUUCAAGCUGGUUCCAGUCCAAUAGCGAGAAUACGAAUAUAGCCUAUUAAGCAGCUUAGAAGCUCCUUAAUUGACAAUUCCUAUGUUUGAGAGCUUUACUCGACUGCUGUAUACCUUCAUCUCAUGUUAUUGUCCCUGAGGUUUAAGCUGCUUAAUUUAAAAUUGCCAUGUUUAAGAGUUUUACUCAAUUGCUUUAUACAUUCAUCUCAUGUUAUUGUCCCUGAGGUUUAAGCUGCUUAAUUUAAAAUUGCCAUGUUUAAGAGUUCUACUCAACUGCUUUAUACCUUUAUCUGUAACUUAUGUUUAUGUACUAGAGGUUUAAGCUGCUUAGCUGACAAUUGUCAUGUUUGGAAACUUUACUCAGUUGCCUUUCCUUCAUCUGUUACACUAUACAUUAUUGUCUGCAAGGGUAAAGCUGCUUAGCUGACAAUUACCGUUUUUGAUAGCUUUACUCGACUCCUUUAUAGCUUUAUCUCUUAUGCUAUUGCACUUGAUGUUUUUGAACAUGGCAAUUGACAAUUAAGCAGCUUAGAAGCUCCUUAAUUGACAAUUCCUAUGUUUGAGAGCUUUACUCAACUGCUUUAUACCUUCAUCUCAUGUUAUUGUCCCUGAGGUUUAAACUGCUUAAUUUACAAUUGCCAUGUUUAGGAGUUUUACUCAACUGCUUUAUACCUUCAUCUCAUGUUAUUUUCCCUGAGGUUUGAGCUACUUUAUUUAUAAUUGCCAUGUUUAAGAUUUUUACUCAACUGCUUUAUACCCUAUGUUGUUGUGCGCAAGGUUUGAGCUGCUUGGCUGACAAUUCCUAUGUUCAAGAGCUUUACUCGACUGCUUUAAACCUUCAUCUUUUAUGUUAUUGUCCCUGAGGUUUAAGCUGCUUAAGAGUUUUGCUCAACCACUUUAUUCCUUCAUAUGUUAUGUUAUUGCUAGCAAGGUUUAAAAUCUGCUUUAAGGCAUCUCGACUCUUAUUCAAGAGAAAUGUAAAACUCCCAGUAGUCUAAAUUUAGUGUUUUGGUUUAUAUGGUACUACAUGCUCUUCCAUGGUAUUACAUUAUCAUUAUCAUUAUCAUUAUCAUUAUCAUUAUCAUUAUCAUUAUCAUUAUCAUUGUCAUGAUAAAAAAAUUUUAUCCAUUGCUAUCAAUUGACAAAAAUCGAUAGCAGUCGUUAAUUCCCAUGUUGAUGGAUAUCGAUUGUCAUCGAGUGAAAAAAAUUUGAUUCAUCUAGCUUCAUCUAAAUGCCAAUGCUACAAUGGGAUAGCUUCUUCUGGUGUUGUGGACUGGCAAAGAAAUAUGGAAAGCCCAAAAUGUUUCUGUUAGUUGUUCUGUUUUUGUUAUUUUGUUGAUGUCAGAUUGUAAAACAAAAAAUAUAAAACAUUAAAAAAAAAAAAGAUUGUAAAACAUUCCCAGGCUAUGAAAAUAAGAUGACUCAAUAAAACCUUUACAGACAAA